UUGAAAAUUGGGAUUACCUUUAAAUUUGUAGUUUUCCGGGUUGUUCCUUUACUAAACUGGCAAAAUGAAAUUUAAAUUAUUGCUAUGUUUUAUAGUUUUACUAACGUACUAUCAGGGCGAGGCACAAACUCGAGCCAAAGGGCUGGAAGAAAAAGUGCAACAACUAACAGACCUAACAGCCAAGAAAUCUAUAAUAUCGCUCAAUAUGAACAAAUUUAAGGAAUAUGUAAAAUCACCGCCAAGGGAUUAUUCCUUUAUAAUAAUGUUUACUGCAAUGGCACCUGCAAGACGAUGUGCAAUCUGUCAACAUGUGUAUGAUGAAUAUUUAAUUGUUGCCAACUCUUUUAGAUAUUCACCAGCAUAUAACAACAAACUUUUCUUUGGUAUGGUCGAUUUUGAUGAGGGAUCAGAAAUCUUCCAAAUGUUACGUCUCAACACAGCUCCCGUGAUCAUGCACUUCCCAGCUAAGGGUAAACCGAAACCCGCUGACUCAAUGGAUUUUGAGAGGACGGGUAUCCAUGCUGAAGCUAUUGCCAAGUGGAUCCAGGACAGGACUGAUGUACAGGUGAGAGUAUUCCGUCCGCCUAACUACUCUGGAGCUGUAGCCUUUAUAAUGCUCUUCACUCUUGUUGGAGGUUUCCUGUACCUCCGCAGGAAUAACCUCGAAUUUCUAUACAACAAACAAAUGUGGGCUGUAGCAGCAGUCUUUUUCUGCUUCGCCAUGGUAUCUGGACAGAUGUGGAAUCAAAUUAGAGGACCCCCCUUCUUCCAUAGAACAAAGAAUGGUCCAGUGUAUAUUAAUGGAGGAUCUCAUGGACAGUUUGUGUUGGAGAGUUAUAUUGUUGCUAUAUUGAAUGGAGCCGUUGUCGUAGGCAUGAUUCUAAUGAUAGAAGCGGCAGGUGGAGUGAGAGGUUCCGAGCAGAGGCUGCAGGAGGGAAAGAGGCGGCGAUUCCAGUCCGUUAUAGGACUUGUACUGGUCUGCGUGUUUUUCUCACUGUUGCUUUCUGUAUUCAGGGCUAAAACUCAAGGCUAUCCUUACAGUUUCCUGUUCAAAUAAAAUAAUAAAUAGAUGGUGUAAGAGAUAAUUGCACAUUGUGAUAAGUGCAGUUUAUUACAAUAAUAAUUCAAUUUUUAGUGUGACCGAAAUAAUAAAUCUGUUAUUAUUUAUAAGAAAAAUAAUCUGUUUAUUUGUUUUAGUGAAACCUGU